CUUCCUCUCGCCUGCAAGGGGAACGUGGCUUAGGGAUAUGGUCAUAGUAGACUAAAUCCAAGGCCCUCAUAUGUCUCACAAAUUCUUACCAAAAGAGAAGGAAAAGGCACCAAUCGAGAGAUGUUGUUCUCAGGCAUAAUUAUAGGUUUGCAAGCAAAGGGAAAUUUCAUGAAGAAGUGGGAGAAGAAGAAAGAAAGGAUUCAAUUGAAGAAAUCAAAAGUUGGGGGAUGAAAUUCUUUAAGCUAUAAAUAUAGCCCAUUAAAACCAAACCCAACCCAACACCAACCCAUUUUAAUUUAAAGCCUCAAACCCAAAAGCCCAAAAACCCAAAAAACCCAAAAAAAAAAA